UGAUUUUGCAUUUCUGGGGAAAGAACUGUAUGUAAACAAUAUAGUUCUCUCCCUUGUCAGCUCCUGCACACUGCUUUGUGUGGCUGUGCAUAGCAGAGCCAUACAAAACAGUGUGCUUACAGUUGAAAGCACUAACACAGCACACAGUAAAACAGCACACUGUUAACCCUUUUAUUACCCCCCACAUGUUAACCCCUUCCUGCCCAGAGCCAUUAAUACAGUGUCAGAGGUUUUUAUUAGCACUGAUCACUGUAUUGGUGUCACUGGGGAUGUCAGUGACACCAAGUCAGUUCCCCCCCAGUGUCAGAAUGCCUGCCGCAGUCCCGCUAUAA